CCGGCCGGCCUGUAAUGGCGGCUCCCGCGGCCCGGCUGCAGUGUGUGUGAGCAGCUCGCAGAGCCCGCGGCCCCGCGCUCCCCCGGCCGGGCCCCCGUCCAUGGUGGCGCCGUGGGCCCGCGAGAGCAGCAGGUGCUUGAGGCCGGGCGAGCCCGAGCCCGAGCCGCCGCCCGGGCCCCCCGCCCUGCCCGCGGCGCCAUGAGCGAGGCGUUGUACGAGAAGUUCCUGGCCCCGGACGAGCCCUGCCCGCUGCUCUGCCACCAGCCCCCGCCGCGGGCCGCCAGCCUGAGCGAGGAGGGCUGCCUGGAUGUCAGCGACUUCGGCUGCCAGCUCUCGUCCUGCCACCGCACCGACCCGCUGCGCCGCUUCCACUCCAGCAGGUGGAACUUGACUUCUUGUGGAACAAGUGUAGCCAGCUCAGAAUGCAGCGAGGAGCUGUUUUCAUCAGUUUCAGUUGGUGAUCAGGAUGACUGCUACUCUCUAUUGGAUGACCAGGAGUUCACAUCUUUUGAUCUGUUCCCAGAGGGUAGUGUCUGCAGUGAUGUUUCCUCUUCUAUUAGCACAUACUGGGAUUGGUCAGACAGCGAGUUUGAGUGGCAGUUGCCUGGCAGUGACAUUGCAAGUGGGAGUGAUGUACUUUCUGAUGUCAUACCUAGUAUUCCAAGCUCUCCGUGCUUGCUUCCAAAAAAGAAAAACAAGCAUAGGAAUCUUGAUGAACUCCCGUGGAGCGCGAUGACAAAUGAUGAACAGGUUGAAUAUAUUGAAUACCUGAGUCGGAAAGUCAGUACUGAGAUGGGUCUUCGAGAGCAACUUGAUAUUAUUAAAAUUAUUGAUCCCACUGCUCAGAUCUCGCCUACAGAUAGCGAAUUUAUUAUUGAAUUAAACUGUCUCACAGAUGAAAAAUUGAAACAGGUGAGAAACUAUAUCAAGGAGCACGGUCCUCGACAACGCUCUGCACGGGAAAGCUGGAAGAGAAGCAGCUACAGUUGUGCAAGCACCAGUGGCGUGAGCGGUGCAAGUGCCAGCAGUAGCAGUGCCAGUAUGGUCAGCUCAGCAAGCAGCAGCAGUUCCAGUGUUGGCAACUCUGCUUCAAAUUCCAGCGCCAACAUGAGUCGAGCGCACAGUGAUAGUAACUUAUCCACCAGUGCUGCAGAGAGAAUCCGGGAUUCAAAAAAACGUUCUAAGCAACGGAAGCUCCAGCAAAAGGCUUUACGCAAGAGACAGCUGAAAGAGCAGAGACAGGCUCGUAAGGAAAGACUGAGCGGAUUGUUUCUUAAUGAAGAAGUGCUCUCUUUAAAAGUGACUGAGGAGGACCAUGAAGGAGAUGUGGAUGUUUUAAUGUGACAGGGAUGAAUUUAUCAGUGUUCUUUCUAAGCCUUAAGUGUAUUAUCUUUGUUUACAUACGUUUCUUGACCAAAAUUUUGAUUAGGACAGAGCUAACAAUGUAUCAAACAGAACCCUCUAUUGAGUGUAAUUUUAAUAAUUUGAACAUUUAUAAUUUAUUAGAGUGAGCUAACUCUUUAAGACUAACAAUUUUGUCUAAGAUUGAGACUGCAACAGACAAUUUCACAGUGACUUUAACAAGCUGCUGAGAAGAUACUGUCUAAAAAAUAAGCCACUGAAUUAGGUUUGUAUGAUAUUUGGUUUCAAGAAGCUAACUGCAAUGGAUUGUUCUGUUAAAUAGGUUGGUACUCGCUUAGACACACUGAUACUGAUAGCAAAAUUUGAAAAAAACUGUUUCUAAAUAGGAAAUCACACCUUUAUCUUGUUCUGUGGGUUCCCUUAUUUCUUAUUAGGAGGUUUGUUUUCAUGAAAACAGGAUCUUAGUUCUAUAAGUUACUCUGUUCUUGCCCCUCACCAUAUCAAAUCCUAAUACUUCAUGAAAUUAAAUUGGAUUUUUUGGAAAUUAUGGUUAUGAUUUCACUUAAAGAAUUAUGAAGUCAUUGGGAAGUAAUAAGCAGAAGCAACUUCAAACUGUAAUGCAAAUGUCAGCUAGUAACAAAAUGUAGUAGAAAAUGGUCAUUUUCAAAAGUAAAAUUUUUUCUAGGAGGAAUUGGCUGUUCUUUAAGAUGUAAAACUUAGUCUCUAAAAGGUUAUCUUGCUCCUCAAUAUUUGAAUGAUUAGUUUUUUGGUUCCUUUGAUAGUUUUAUUUGUUAUUAAUGGUUAAUCAGUACAUCCUCUUUCUUGAUGUUAAGAAAAAAAACAACCCUAAAAAAUGAAAAUCUCAUACAUUACACUAAUAUCUAUGGUUCAGUCAUAGAAUACCAUUCAUAAAAAAAAGUCUUAAAAAGUGUUACUGGAAACCAAAGUGCAAACAACUGAUGCCCAAACUUGCUAGAUAUUUCUUUGUGGCCAAAACCAUAUGUAAGAAUAACUAUAUGCUGUUGUUGUUGGCAAGAGAACCUAAUUAUUGAUGCAGCAUUGUGUUUUAACUGUAUGCUGCCAGUUUAUUUACCACUUGCAGGAUAGUUUAAGGUGACUGAACUUUUUUAGGAGGUGUUGUAUCAUUGCUAAUCUAACUCACAGAGUGCUGGUUUUGUUGUAUAGCCUUUUGAAUAAGUGUUGCUGAGGAGAACAAGACACACCUUUUAGUUUUUACUUCUGCACCUGGAAACUCAAAUUGAGAUGAUUUUAUUCUUGACAAUUAGUAAAUGAAUUCCUGACUUUAUUAUGGAAAUGUUUGUUGUUGGGUUCAUCUUUUGUUUUGGAAAAAAAUGGCUGCGUUCAUUCAAAUGCAACUGUUAGAGGUGAAAGAGGUGACUAGAAUGACCCAGUUCUGAAUUCAGAAAGGUGACCUUUCUGAUUUAUGUUGGUGCUUCAUGAAUAUCAUUUAGACUGGUUCACUCUGGAGAUAAUGAGUUUCUCUUACUGUCAAUUUAAUGUGGCCUCAGAAAACAGGAGUCCUGAAGUGUACAUUUUCAGGAUUGGGACCUAACUCUGCUCAUGAAUAACUUUUUACACAUGUGAGUAGUCCUAUCAACUCCAUGUGACUAUCCACCAAUGCAAAUGUUUGCAUGAUUGGGCCUUAAAUUAGUCCUGACAGUAGAAUUUUAUUGUUUUCUGCAAAAGUUAAAUUAAAGAGAAAAAAUCUGGGGACAAAGAAAAUGUUAACAAUGAUACUACAGUUGAGAUCACAUUUCAGUGGAAGAUCAAAAGUAAAAACUUCCAUACAUGUAUGUGACGACAUACGUUUAGACUGUAGCAUCUUUGGAAAUAUUUGUUUGAUAGUAAAUGAUAGGUGUAUUACUGUUCUGACUACAAACUCCAGAACAUGGACCACCUGUGAAUUGAUGCAAAAUAUAUUGGAGAUCUGAAAUGUCUAGUAGGUAUUUAUUCCUUUAAGUAUGUAUAAUGCCAUGUGCCAAAUGAAAGGGCUUCAAUAAGAGAGAGGCCCACAGUCAAAAUAGUAAAUGUAAACUCUCCUGCUCAGUUGAUCCUUCAGAAGUCACUAACAAGUUUGAUUGCCCACUGUCUUCAGUGGCAAUGAGAAAUAUCUUAAUUGUCCGUUUUAAAAUUCAAAUAUCUAUGUCAUUUCUGUCUUGUCAUUUGAAUAUACUGGUAACUUGUCCUGGGCAGUGAGCUUUUUUUUAUUAUUAUUACUUGUCUAUUAUACACGGUUGCAAUAGUAAAAUACAAAAACAAUCCCAUAAACUCUAAUAGUAAAUCUUGUUUGUAGUGUUAAGUGUAACUCAAACCAAAUAAUCCUUAUGUUUUCUGUUAACAAGUUUCUGAGAUGGAGGAUAGCUGAAAUUGUAUUGCUGUUAAUACUGCUAAUUUCAGGGCCAAUUAUUGAACCCUUGUGGCAGAAGUUCACAAAUUCAUCAUGAAACAUUUCACGUAAUCCAUAUAGGUAUCUACUGCAGUUCAGUACAAGCUUUAUUUUCUACAGUGGCUUUGAAAUAUGCAUCUUUAUCUAAAGAAAAUUGCACAUUGGUUGCCACAUAGAGCGUUGAAACGCUGAAAUUAAUUGUAAGAAGGGUGCAAUAUCUCAAUUUUUGGGGGCGUGAAAGUGUCACUUUAUUUUUCUGUCUCAGCAAGUCUGCUCUUCAAAGUGUAAAAUUCUUAGUUUUUAUUGCAAGAGGUGACCCUCAUUUUGAUGAGAUGCAACUCUUUUGAGUCACUUAUUACCAACUUCAGAGUAGAGUAAAUGUUAGUGUGAACCCCAAAGCAGUUUGUCACCCUGACUUACCAGAACGGCAAGUUAGUUAAUUUUUCUAAAUAAUAAAUUUCUAAAUCUAAACCUUAAGUUGUUUGAGGAAGACCUUGCUAUAGUGAUUAUGUGCAGUAGCAGAAUUCCUAUGAAAUGGGAAACUUCACCGAAAGGAAUGGAAAGCCUGAGGCUUUCCUAUUUUUAUCUGUUUGUCGUUUGGUAAAUGUUAUGUGAAAUCCUUCACUUAUUUUUAUAAUGGUUUUAAACUGGAUAUCAUUCAAAACAUUAGUUUUUUGUUUGAAAAUACUAGAAUACUAAAACAAGACGGGUUGUACUAGCCUCCAAGCUUUAAUUUAAGUUCUCACCUCUGUAUAUAAGGAUGUGUAUAGCCCCAUUUGUCAUAAUGAGGAUAUAUCACUUUAAAUGUGCCUUAAAGUGAGUCUGACAUUUGUUUAAAAUUAUGAAUUGGAAAAAGAAAAUACAAAAUUAAAAUUAUUACAAAAUGGAUUAAUUAAAAUAGGUCCCUCCUAGACAAAAUCUGACAAUUUUUUUUAAAAAAUGAAGAGCAGAAUGAGUCCUCAAUUUAAAUGUUAGCCAAUAUAAUUCUUCAUUAAUAUUUUACAGUACAAAAUGAGAGGAAAAGAAAUAGCAUUUCUAUCCUGGUGUGUGAGUGGUCCUAUAUGAAAUAAAGUGUAAACCUACAUUUAAACUUAAUGGUUAAAUAGUUCCAGUUUUCAUCAACUUGGAUGAAUAGUUUCCAGAACUAUUUUGGCCUGGUGGUGGUGGUGGUGGUUCACCAUCACCUGGAGAGUUCAGCUCCUCAUUGUGUAAUUUGAUGAUGGUAGUCAAGAAGGGUGGAGGAAAAAGUGGCUUCCAAAAGGUGCCAAAAUGGUGCUUUAAUAAUUUGUAGUUUUUAGCAUCCUGCAACUCAAGUAAAAUCUUACAUUAUUGGUUAUUCAGUUAUAACUGUGUGGUUCUUUGGUCACCAAACUGAACAGUCUUCAUUUCUUUAUCUCAUGCAACUAAAUGUUUUGACUUUCUUAUCUCUGUCUUGUAAAACCAGUCCAUCAGAGGCCGAGUGCUCCGCACCUCAGAAAAUAAGGCUCUAGAUAAUUUCUUUUUUCUGAGGUGCUUAUUUACACUUUGAGAUUGUGUAUCUGAGCUGGAGGGAAAAUAGCUCCAAGAACAAAAGGCAUAACAGAAUGUAAAAAGUUAAAUACUUCUGUCCCUUCAUAGAUUUCAGUUCUCACAUUUGAACAAACAACUUUUUUUCAGCACCAGCGUUUUUUUUGUCAAUGAUUUUGGUCUUCACUUAUAAAAUGCAAUGUCAUUCUCAUCACGUACUUGCCCAUGGUGUCAAUCUAAUUUAUGGGUUUGUGGUUGAAAAGAAUAUUUAAGUUUUGCAACAUGGAUGUUAGUUACUACUGCGAUUUGUCAACCCAUCUGGUCUUUGUAGGACUGACAUCGGAGAUACAGAAAGAAGCCAAACUGUUAAAAUUUUAGAUCUUUGAACUGCUUUUUUAAAAGUCCAAUCCUGCUUUUUAUCCCUUGAUGGAAAUUUAAAUCUUGGAAGCAAUGUACAAGUGGAGAAGGAAGUGCUAAUAGUUAUUUGGUUCCUGAGUAUUGGUUCUGUGGCUAUCUUGAGCUUUGUAACAGCUGUGAUAUAAAUGUAAUCCAUUUAAACUCUGCAAGAACAUUAGCAGUUUGCCUGGGAAUUAUUUCUUUAUAAAGGCUUAGAAGGAGCACUGAAAAUCAAACUGCAAGAGGACUGUUUAAAAAAAAAAAAAAAAAAAGCAGAAGUCUUGCGCAUGAUUAAACGUGAGGAAGAAAAAACUGCCUGACAGACCUGUUCACUUUUUGUAUAUGUAUAGCUAAUUUCAUCUUUUGUUUUGUUUGAAAUGGUUUCAGUAUUUUCUUCCUUUAACAGCCUGACAAAUUUAAUUAGAUUAAAAGAUAAACUUACGUUCAGUACAGAAUGCUUACUGAGAACAAGAAGCAAAAAUCAGAUCUCUUCUCUUGGUUCAAUAUUUAGUUUUUGAAUGUGAACUUUUUUUAUAUUGUGGUCAAUAAAACCUGUGGAGAUCUUUCUCUAGAAACUAUUGCUUAAAUUUAUACAUAUGCAUUUAAACUAUUAAAGAGUACCUACUAGAUGUGGAAAAAUGUGUAUAAAUUUGACAAUAUAUAUUGAUCUGAGUUGCUGAAAGGUCUGAAGCCUGUACUCUUCCUAUAUGGCUGCUUGAACUUCAAAAGUAGGUUGACAUGUUGACCUUUAAAUAUUGGUGAUUUCUAAAAAUUUGUUCUAGAUGUCUGAAGCGUCGUGUUAGCCCUCAGUUUCUCAUGGCCAGCAUUUAAGACUAUCUGGCCUAAUGGUCACUACUUUGUUGACUAAUUAAUCCUGCAAUUCUUGUGCAUGGAAAACUUAGAUGAAAUGGGUUGUGUGCAUAAAGUCCCAUUCUUGCAGCCUUUGAUUCGUGAAGUGCAGAUUUUAGCCAAACUCAAACCUUGUACGUUUGACGCUUCGGUCUGAAUGAAUCUUAGCCAGAGAAGAGAAAUGCAGCGAGCUUUAAAACAUUUCAUAAGGUGGUUAAAAUUUUCAAAUUAAUUCAUUCUAAAAGGUCAGUGAUGUUGGAACCCUGAGACUAAAGGUCAUAACUAAAGCAAGGAGGAAGUUGUCUCAUUUGAAAAAUCUGCUUCAAAUAGUCUUAAGAUUUAUAAUGUAUGAAAUGUUAAAUUGGAGCUAUUUUUCCAGGGUUUCUGCUACAUUUAUUGCAACAAUGCACUUUUGUACAUAAAACUGUCCUUUGUAAAUUCUGUACCUACUUGCCACAAUGUUUAUAGAAAGCUUUUUUUCGGAAGUUGUGAAGAACUGCAACACUGGUGACUGACUUUAUUUUCAGCUCUUCAUUGUAUUUAAAAUAGUCAUGUGAACAUCAAAGUACGGGUUGGAAUUAAAAAUAACAUAGCAAAGAUGUGCUGAUGAAA